AUGCCAUCGGAGAACGCGUUAAGCGCCGGCCUAGCUGAUAGUAUCCGGCCAGAAGUCCAAUACAUACAGAAAAACAUCUAUGCGCUCAACGAUUUCUUUACUACCUAUUAUAACGCGCUGACAGCCGCCCAAAGCGAUGCAUCAACGACGAUUCAAGGGCUUAUUAACGAAGUGGACCCUAUCAAACCAGCCACGUUCAACCUCAUAACACUCCUGACUGUACUCUCGGUGGGUCUGGCAUUCUUGGGAGCACCAAGUAUCGCAGUGACAGUGCUCGGACUGUCCUCCCUCGCGAAGUCUGCCGCUCAGGUUUUGACAAUCAGUCUGCAGCAAGCGCCUUCCACCGCAAAAGCGCUCUGGCCGACGGGCACCCAGAACUCGCAAUCUGUGCAAAUCGGCAAUCUAGAAGCGGAGCUAGGGAACAGCACAAACCAGCUCGCAGACAUGGUCAAUAACGCGGUUCAACUGCUCAUGAGCGAUAUGCCAACGUUUGUCAAGUUUGUCGAAAGCGGGCAGUAUUCGGGCGCCGAGUCGCUUUCCUUACCCAGCAAAGUCGAGGGCCUCGACUAUGCUCUCAGGACUUACAUGACCUCGGAAGCGUUUGCCCAAAACGGCUGGGUAUCGACGCCUAUGAUUGGCCCUUUCGAGACCGUGCAAGACGUCGAGAACGCCGUGAUGGGAGGUGGCGGUGGGGACUGCACCAUGGGCAACAACAGCGUUUGCACCAACGGUCAGGGUUCCGCACUUUUUUGGAGCCAGCCUACGGGACGUGUUUACGCUUUCGCCAACGAGAAUGAUGCCUGGAUAGGCGUUGAUGCAUAUCAGCUACUGCAAGACACCGUUAACAACAACUGGGCCAUUCUCCAAGUGCUGUUCGAUGGCAGCUUCAAUUGCACGCAGGAAGGGAACUUCGGGGAUUCGAUCGUCAACUUCAACUGGGAUGGAACGUUGGACAUUGCGUGUAUCUCGCAGCUCCCGACGAAGGUUGAGUGCGGAGCAGCAUGUCCUGUUCCUCUGAUCAACAACCAAUGUCCUUUCCCGCCGCUGAAUAACGAUUGCGACUCGUGA